AGUCGGGCUGUUCGGACUUCGGAGUAAUCGGACUAAUUCGGACUGAUUCGGACUUAUACGAUCUUAUAUCGUACCGAUAACAACAUCAUACUAUCGAUCUGAACGGAUUACGCUCGUCCGGCUCGUCCUUACAUCACGAUCGUCGGCGUUCACGUUACGCUGCUCGAGAUUUUCAUGCAGAAUACAACGUAUAGUACCUGUCAUUCCUAUUCGGUCUCUCAACACAGUGAUAUCUCACGACGCGCAAAACGAGAACGUUUCAGGAAACGAACGGGCGAUAACGGGCGACCCGAGAUGGCUUGCGAAGCCUGCAAUGCAAAGUUCAACCUGUUUAAGAGAAAAGUGAGUGGAUACCCUCAUCGGGGACACCUGGCCCUUCUUCCUCGCUGAACGACCGGUUUCCUCGCUGAACGACCGGGCGAUCCGACAAUUCGACAAACCUUGACAAGUCAUGUUUGUCCGGACAAUGAAUUCGAGCCUUCAAAUUGUCAUGCAAAUGUCACCGUAGAACCAAGUGAUGACACAGAUUCACUGCGUACUAAAUUAUUUAGCAAUUAACAUUUGACCUUCUUCUGUUAGAAACAAUGCGUGGACUGCCUAAGAUAUUUCUGUUCCGAAUGUGUUAUCAAACGAUUCGACAAGGUGUUCACCUGCGAUAGCUGUGGUCUAUUGUCAAUGAGGCCACUCAUCAGAAAUCAAAUCAGACAGAUACGUUCUAGGGACUUGCGUCAGUAUCUUGUGGCAAAAAAAGUUUCUGUUAAAGGUUGUGUCGAGAAAGAAGACUUGGUGCAUUUACUAAUGCUUUUUGCUAAUGGAACUGAUUCGAGCUUGACUUCUGACAACAGUACAAGCUUCAGAACGCAAAAUGUUGCUGAAGAACAACAUUCCAGAGUUGAUUCUCCUUUAAAUAGAAUGGAAAAUAUGCCAAAUGUUAGUACUGCAAAUAAUGAAUCUGGUGCAAACGCAACGGACGUGCAGGGAUCAGCAGAACCUGUGAGAAACGAAGACAUUGAAAUGGCGGAGGAAGCAAGUGAAAGUAGUCAUAGUAGUCCGGUUAUUAGUGUUCCACUUAGCAGUGAUAGCGAAUCACCCGAGGAGAGACCAACGAAAAAUACUGACCUCUUAAUAGAAGAAAUAUUUGGGAAUGACAGCAGUCCAACUGGGCCCAGUACUGCAUCGCAGCCAGUAAUCAUCGAGCAGGAGGAAGUUCCCGAAACGUCGAAUGAAAAAAAAUCGGAUAUGGUCACAGAGAUUCCUACGUGGUCAGAUAAGGUGCAAUUAUCAGACAUAAAAGAAGCAUCAGAAUUAGAGUAUCUAAGUAUUAAACAAUUGAAAAAUUUGUUGAGUACAAAUCGCGUAGAUUAUAAAGGCUGCAUAGAAAGAUCAGAUUUAUUGAACAAAGUGACCAGAUUAUGGCAGGAGUAUAAUCAGUCUAGAAAAGAUGUGGAACAACUUAGCCAGGAAGAAUUGUGUAAAAUCUGCUGGGAUGCGCCGAUUGAGUGUGUUAUUUUAGAAUGCGGUCAUAUGGCUUGUUGCAUAAAUUGUGGCAAACAAAUGUCUGAAUGUCCGAUAUGCAAACAAUAUGUUGUCCGCGUUGUACGAUUUUUUAAAGCCUAAAAAAAUGCAACGAUUGGAUAUAAUCGCGACUGAUAAUUUUGUGCACCUGCCAGUUUUUAUAGAUUGCGUAAUUAUACGACGUGUACAUUAUAAAACAAAAUUUAUGUAUGAUAAAGAAUGAAAUUGUAAAAUGCCAAAUUUUGGUGCUAUGAUUUGCAUUUCGAUAAACAAUAAGAACUAGUCCUGCACAAAAAAGCAAAUUUUAUGCUGUCUUCACUUUCAAGUCUAAUUAUAAGUUGACUGGUCUUGUGACAUGUUUUGUCAUUUUAAUUACAGUUCAGAACUCUUCCUGGAUAGAGAAUAGUAUUUUAAAAAAAGAAUAAAUAUCGUUAUAUAUCA